UUUAAGAACAAAGAAGCGAACCGCAGACGGCUUCAGUCUUCCUCGCCUUCUUCUCUUCCGGUCUAGAUCUCCCAAAGGUGGCUGCUGUGCUGGCGGCGACCAUGGCGAGGGGCGCGCGGCACCCCCGGAAGCUUCCCGGCCGCAGAUCCUCCCCGUUCACGCUGAUCCUGGCAGCUCUCCUGACCGCGUCGGUGGUCCUCCUGAUGCUCCUCGCCCUCGGGAUCUUCUCGCUUCCCGUGAACUCCGACGGCCCACCCAAGCUAGACCACCGCCCCCAUCGAUCUAUCCACGAGAUGAGGGAUGGGAUGGGGGAGAGGGGGGAUCAGUGGACGGAGGUGCUCUCGUGGGAGCCCAGGGCGUUUAUAUAUCACAACUUUCUGUCCAAGAAAGAAUGUGAAUACCUGACUGAAUUGGCAAAGCCUCACAUGGAGAAGUCAACAGUUGUCGAUACUGCUACUGGUCAGAGUAAAGACAGCAGGGUACGGACAAGUUCAGGCAUGUUUCUUAGAAGAGGACAAGACAAAAUUAUCCGAACGAUCGAGAAAAGGAUAGCCGAUUAUACCUUCAUACCUGUAGAAAAUGGUGAGGGACUUCAGGUUCUCCAUUAUGAAGUUGGUCAGAAAUAUGAACCGCACUUUGACUACUUCCUCGACGAAUUCAACACCAAGAAUGGGGGUCAGCGUAUUGCUACCCUACUUAUGUAUCUUUCUGAUGUUGAGGAAGGUGGUGAAACUGUAUUUCCUUCUGCCAAAGUAAAUAGUAGCUCUUUGCCAGGGUAUAAUGAGCUAUCAGACUGUGCAAAGAAGGGUAUUUCUGUGAAACCUAAGAUGGGAGAUGCAUUACUCUUUUGGAGCAUGAGGCCAGAUGCCACAUUGGAUCCAUCUAGUUUGCACGCUGGAUGUCCUGUUAUCAAAGGAAAUAAGUGGUCUUCUACAAAAUGGAUGCGUAUCCAUGAGUAUAGAGCUUAGUUCAAAAUAAAGAAGGUACUCUGCUGCUUGAACCUACUUGUGUCUCGAGAAAUUUUAGGGUAGCCUCCUGAAAGUUGAGAAAUAUUACCUUUUUACCUGCAUAAGAAAAAGAUGAGCUUAUUGUGGAUGCUAUGUAAUUUCACAUAAUGUCAAAGUGUUUGUUGUUUUCUGUUGUUUGACCCAACAUAAGUCCUCGGACGAAAUGAUUUUGUGGUCCUCAUAUUUUCUGACUAUAAUGAAUCACAAAUCCACUAAUUGAAUAUUAGUAUUCUGAUGGUAUA